AUGCCUCUUUUCCCAUCCUUCCUCCUCCUGCUCCUCGCCUGCCCUGCCCUCCUGACCCCAUCAGGUUCCCAGAGCCUGCAGACUGGGGGUCAAAGGGCACCCAGGAACACAAAGCCAGAGGGUGGUGGGCAGCCAAUCAAAGUGGUUAUCUCUGAGGCAUGUGUUCAGGGGGACUCCAGUCAGAACCAGGGAAAGGAACUGGACCUUGAGCCUGGUUCCUCUCUAGUCCUUACCCAUCGGAUCCGACUGGUUCCGGGGUCGUGCGGAGGCGGGUGCGAAGCCGAGUUUGCUGCCCUGCGAGACCGUCUGGAGAGGCUGGAGAAGGAGGUGUCUGCCCUGAGGGAGAAGUGUGGAGGCCCAGAGGGGGGCUGCUGCACGUCCCAGCAGAGCAAAGGCGCUGAGUGCUCCAUGCAGCCGGAAGGAGACGAGUGUCCUAACGAGUGCAGUGACCAGGGACGCUGUGAGGACGGCAAGUGUGUCUGCUUCCCAGGGUUCAGUGGGCCAGACUGCAGUUUGUCUGACUGCCCCGGCAACUGCAAUGACAAGGGGAAGUGUGUGAACGGCCAGUGUGUGUGCGACCCAGGUUUCACAGGGCCAGACUGCUCUUCAGAGUCCUGUCCUGGUAACUGUAACAAUAAGGGGCGAUGUGAGAACGGCCAGUGUGUGUGCAACACUGGCCUCACAGGCCCUGACUGCUCCACCAAGGCAUGCCCUGGUAACUGUAACAAUAAGGGGCGAUGUGAGAACGGCCAGUGUGUGUGCAACAAUGGCUUCACAGGCCCUGACUGCUCCACCAAGGCAUGCCCUGGUAACUGUAACAAUAAGGGGCGAUGUGAGAAUGGCCAGUGUGUGUGCAACACUGGCUUCACAGGGCCCGACUGCUCCACCAAGGCAUGUCUUGGAAACUGCAAAAACAGGGGGAAGUGUGUGAAUGGCAAGUGUGUGUGUGAUAGCGGUUUUACAGGGCCAGACUGUUCUACCAAGUCCUGCCCUGGCAACUGCAGCAACCGUGGAAAGUGUGUGAACGGCCAGUGUGUCUGCGAUAUGGGCUUUACGGGGCCGGACUGUUCCGCCAAAGCAUGUCCCAAUAACUGCAGCAACAAGGGAAGGUGCGUGAACGGGAAGUGCGUGUGUGAAGUGGGCUUCACUGGGCAGGACUGCGCCGCUAAGGGCUGUCCCGAUAACUGCAGCAACAAAGGGCGCUGUGUGAAGGGGAGGUGUGUGUGUCGCCGUGGUUUCACCGCCCCGGACUGCAGCCAGUGUGAAGCUGGGUUCACUGGAGUUGACUGUGGCACCGUCAUGUCUGGUGUGUCCCAGCUCAACACCAAGGACGUCACUGAAUCCUCUGUCACCCUCUUCUGGACCCCACCUCCAGUCCAGUAUGACACCUACCACGUCACCUUCGCCAGCCAGAAAGAAGGCGAUCAGCAGAUAACAUCUCAAGUUGGAGGCAAGCUCACGGCAUACACCCAAACAGGCCUGGCGGCCGGGCAGGCGUACACAGUGACAAUCACUGGAGAAAUAGAUGGGAGAAUGGGCGCUGAGAGCACAGCAGAAUUCACCACUCUUAUCUCUGGUCCCACAAACCUUCAAGUUGUGAAGACAACCACAACAUCUGCAGUUGUCCAAUGGGAACAAUCACAAGGCGACAUCGACAGGUAUCGCUUAACUGUUACACCCAAUCAGACAGACGGAACAGCCAAGGGAAGACAAGACCUGACCCUGCCCCCUGAGAGGGACUCGGCCCAGAUUGACGGUUUGGACCCGGGACAUUUGUAUGACAUCACAUUAGUGGCUGAAAAAGGCGGGAUCAAGAGCAAGCCAACAACAGUCCAAGUCACUCCUGGAAAAUCCACAAAGACAAUAUCCAAGGUGACCAUGCCGGUAGCACCAGGAGUAGAAAGCCAUGAGGGAGACUCAGCAGGGAAUACAAAGCCUGUGAAGGACAUCUUCUACACGAAGGCCAAGGGUGAAGAACCAGAGAGGGUGAAGGAUUGGAGUGGACCAGGCUCUGUAACAGUCGAAGGCACCAAUGGAACCAAAGAGGACACAUCUGUUAGAACCAGUACAAGACCACUUGUCAACACAAACUACAGGGUUAUACCUAAAACAGGUGAUAGAAUAACCUUGCCCAGGAAACCAUACAUUGGAGGCUCUAUCCAUUUUAAUGGUACAAGAGUCGGCCAGGGUGGGAGGAGAGUGGGUCACAGUCUUCUGAAAAAGCCUACAAGCAGAAAUCCAUUGGAGGGGCCAAAGGUCAAGAAGACCUUGGAUACUGACUCUAAACCAGAAAAUCCCUUUGUUGGGGACAAGACUAUAGCCUUAACUGUGAAAGAAACUAACCUGGAGACAAGUCCUCUUGGAGAAAAAGAUGAAACUUUGACAAAGACAUAUCCUGUUGGAAUCCUUCCUGUAAAUGCCAUUCCAAGCUCUUGUUCUGAACAAACAGUGAUUCCUGGCUUAAAGGACCUACCCGAUAGAAAAAAAGAUACAGAGAUUGAAACAAAUGAGCCAGGGCCAGGGACAGAGGGUUUGGAGCAUACCACCACAUCAGAAAAAAAUACUAUGGUUCACCCGAAUGGGAAGAAAUGUGUCAACAAGGUUAAAUUGACACACAGGAAAAAAACCGCUAACGUGGGGUUGUUUGGAACCAAACAAAACAAGACAAAGACUCUGAGAACUCUGACACUGGGCAGCACACCACCCUUACGCCGUCUACCUCCAAAGGGGACCCAGCAACGCCGUCCACACCCAAAUAUGGGGGCAUUCCCAAACAGGACACGAACAAACCUGAUACCCCCUCAGCAUCCAUCAAGAGGCCCCAUACGCAGACCUUUCCCACCUAAACUGACAAACAGGGACAACGGCAUCAUCGUUCAAACCUCUCAACCAGGGGAGCAGGGCACCUACAGCACCAGCCAGAAUGACACAAACACAGACCUUAAGCCCAAAACUCUCCUCAGGAAAACAAAUGCCACAGCUGGUAAAAUAGCACGAGAUCAAACAUACAUAAGAAAUAACAGUAGCUUGAGCCAAAGGGGCCAAGAUUCAAAAACAGGCCAUCCUGACAAAGGUAGCCAAGUGAGUAAGAAUGCUGACUCAAGAGACAGCCCAAACCAGAUAAAUGGGUCAGAUGUCACUACUACUGGAAAAACAGGCCAGCCUCUAAACUCAGUGGGGGUUCAAAGCAUAACCUCAGGAGGGUUCAUACUCCUCUCUCCGGGGUCCUCCUAUGAGGUCAGUGUGAUAUCCGUCCUUGGACUGGACGAGAGCGAUGCAAUCAAAGACCUGGUUAUGACACUCCCUGACCCUCCAACGGAUCUCCAGGCCAUUAAUGUCACAGACACCAAGGCCUUGCUGCUAUGGCGACCAGCACUGGCAACGGUUGACCGUUACGUCAUAGUUUAUGGCUCUGAAAAAGGUUCAGAUGAUGUGAAGAUCACUGUGUCGGGCAACGCGGCCGAGCAGCAGCUGAAGGACCUGCAGGGCUCCACUAUGUACACCGUCACGGUCACCAGUCAGUUGGGCAACCUGGACGGCGCUCCCGCCAUCACCGUCUUCACCACCACCAGUGGAUCUGGGGGAGACGGGGAAGGCCCGCGUGACCUGAAGGCCAGUCAGGUGACUCCUCGCUCAGCGUUGCUGACGUGGAAACCACCCUCUGCCGCUGUGGGAAGCUACAAGCUGACCUAUCAGACGGAGGGACAGGAGAUGCAGGAGGUUACCAUUGACGCCACAGUAACAGAGUUCAAGUUGACCAGGCUGCAUCCUAUGUCCAAGUACACCGUGCAGCUACAGGGAGAGAGGGGAGGGAGCUAUACUGCUGCAAUUUCCACUGAGUUCACCACAGGGAAUCUCCGGUACCCCUUCCCAAGUGACUGUUCCCAGGAGCUGCUGAACGGGAUGCAUGAGUCUGGAGAGGUGGAGAUCUUCCCAAAGGGAAGGCAGGGAAAACCAGUGUUGGUCUACUGCGACCAGGUGACUGAUGGAGGCGGCUGGACGGUCUUCCAGAGAAGGAUGGAUGGGAAAACGGACUUCUUCCGAGAUUGGAAGAACUACAGCAAAGGAUUUGGAGAACUGAGUGGGGAAUUUUGGCUGGGUAAUGAGAACCUACACAAUCUAACCAGCAUGGCACCGAUGACCCUACGUGUGGACCUCCGUGCAGGGGACGAAUCCGUGUUUGCCAAGUACUCCACGUUCACGGUGGACACUGUUAGGAGGAACUACGCUCUCAAAGUGUCUGGGUACAGCGGUACAGCAGGUGACUCUAUGAGUUACCACAACGGGCGCAUGUUCUCUACCAGAGACAGAGACCCCGCGCCUUUCAUCACCCGCUGCGCCAUGUCCUAUAGGGGGGGUUGGUGGUAUAAGAACUGCCACCAGGCCAACCUUAAUGGCCUCUACGACACCAAUGUUAAUCACCAGGGUUUGAUCUGGACUGCCUGGAAAGGCAAGGAUUAUUCCGUCCCAUUCACUGAGAUGAAGCUCAGACCAACAUCUUUCACCCCUCCAACUCAGGGGUAAUGACAAAGUGGUGGACAGAAAAUGAGAAGGGGAGAGAGGCACACUUUAUGAACACACACACACAGCCAGGUAACUGCCAAAAUAAAGGAAACACAAACAGAUAGCGUUGGGCCAUCACGAGC